CUCUUUUUUCCCCCAACACCCCUGGGGGUCAGCCGGCCGGCUCCGUCGUGUUCCACGCCAAACCCUCCGCUCUCCUAUGGCCUGUGCUGCCCGCGCCCCAUGCAUGCGCAUCUCCCCCUCUCGGCGGCCGCGGCGGCCUCGGCCCUCGGCGUAGCCCUCGGCGUGCGCCUGCUCCUGCUCCUCUCCCGCUCGCGCGCGCUCAAGCCGCUCUCCGCCGCCACCUCCGCCGCGGCCGCCGCCCUCAGGGCGCCGCGAGCGCUCGCCGCCGCCUCGUCCCCUCUCGCCGCCCUCCUCGCCGCGUCCAAGGCGGCCUCCAAGUCCUACAAGGCUGCCCGCGCGCUCGACCCCGCCGCGCGCCUGCCCUCGCUGCCUUCCUCCAAGCGGGUCAAGGCAGCCUUCGCCGCCGCCUCCCUCCUCCGCCUCGCGGCCGCCUCAGCCACGCCGCUCCUCCUCCCCGCCGCGGCCUCGUCCUCCCCCACCGCCUUCGCCGCGCUCGCCCUGCUCAAGUCCGGCUACAAGCUCUCCAAGAACUCCGCCAAGGUCGUCGAGGGCUUCCUCGGGCUGCAGGUCCACAAGGGGUUCAGGAACGGGGUCGACGCGCUCGGGGUCGUCGUCAAGGUCGCCGUCAUCGCCUCCGAGCUCGCCGUCUGGGUCGGCGGCCGCUGCUGGGGCCGCGAUGGUGGGCACGAACGCUGCGUUCGGUUCGUUGGCUUUACCAGACCGGGUGGUCUCGUCCUAGCUGGGUGUAGCAAAGCGGAGGCCCAGGUCCUGCUGUUUGAUCCUGGGGCUGUUGAGAUGGAUGACGAGGGGUGCUGGUUGGAGGACUCGGAGUUCUCCGAGUUGCUGUGCCUUGCGGUGCCCGUCCCUGAGAUGGCAAAAUUAGUGAGUUAGCAAUGAGCACACAACUGUUGUACAAUUGCUUAUAUUAUAUGUAGACGUGCUUUUCAAUUUUGAUCCAGUGCUUGCCUCCUAGUUCAUGUAUGCCAGUUUAAGUUUGGUUCGUCAAACUGUAUAUAUGCACACCUUCACCAAGUAAAAGUAAAUAAAAUUGGUGGUUGUGCUUA